GCGAGCGGACGGCAGCCCUCCUGGGGCGCGGCGGCCGGAGAGUGAGUGCCUCGGGCCGGUUGGGCUUGCGGGUGCGCGGGACCGGGAGCCUCGAAGAUGGAUACUACAAUGGUGAAUUUGUGGACUCUGUUUGAGCAGCUUGUGCGCCGGUUGGAGAUUAUCAAUGAAGGAAAUGAAAGCAUUGAAUUCAUCCAGGUUGUGAAGGACUUCGAAGAUUUCCGGAAGAAAUGUCAAAGAACCAACCAGGAGCUGGAGAAAUUCAAAGAUCUGUUAUUGAAAGCAGAGACCGGGCGGAGCGCUCUGGACGUUAAGCUGAAGCAUGCACGUAAUCAAGUAGAUGUAGAGAUCAAACGGAGACAGCGAGCUGAGGCUGAGUGUGCAAAGCUGGAACAACAGAUUCAGCUGAUUCGAGAUAUACUCAUGUGUGACACAUCUGGCAGCAUUCAGCUAAGUGAGGAACAAAAAUCAGCUCUCGCUUUUCUCAACCGAGGCCAAGCACCCAGUGGCAACUCUGGGAACAAUAGACUAUCAACCAUUGAUGAAUCUGGUUCCAUUUUAUCAGAUAUCAGCUUUGACAAGACUGAUGAAUCACUGGACUGGGAUUCUUCUUUGGUGAAGAAUUUCAAAAUGAAGAGACGAGAAAAGAGGCGCUCCAACAGUCGGCAGUUCAUUGAUGGCCCUCCUGGGCCUGUAAAGAAAACCUGUUCCAUUGGCUCUACAGUAGACCAGGCAAAUGAAUCAAUAGUUGCAAAAACUACAGUGACUGUUCCAAGUGAUGGUGGACCCAUAGAAGCUGUGUCUACGAUUGAGACAUUGCCAUCUUGGACCAGGAGUCGGGGGAAAUCAGGUCCUUUGCAACCUGUGAACAGUGACUCUGCUCUGAACAGCAGGCCCCUGGAGCCAAGAACUGAGACAGACAAUUCAGGCACACCUCAGAAUACUGGAGGCACACGCCUACAUGACUUUGUCUCAAAGACGGGAAUGUUGGCAGAUUUUGUGUCCCAGACUUCUCCAAUGAUCCCUGCAAUUAUUGUCAGCUGUGUGAAUGAGAUUGAGCAGCGAGGCCUGACUGAGGCAGGCUUAUACAGGAUCUCGGGUUGUGACCGGACAGUAAAAGAGCUGAAAGAGAAAUUCCUCAAAGUGAAAACUGUACCCCUGCUCAGCAAAGUGGAUGAUAUCCAUGCCAUCUGUAGCCUCCUGAAAGACUUCCUCCGAAACCUCAAAGAGCCCCUUUUGACCUCUUGGCUAAGCAGAGCCUUUAUGGAGGCAGCAGAGAUAACAGAUGAAGACAACAGCACAGCCGCCAUGUACCAGGCUGUCAGUGAGCUGCCCCAGGCCAACAGGGACACAUUAGCCUUCCUCAUGAUCCACCUGCAGAGAGUGGCUCAGAGUCCAGAUACUAAGAUGGAUAUUGCCAAUCUAGCUAAAGUCUUUGGCCCUACAAUAGUUGCCCAUACUGUGCCUAAUCCAGACCCAGUGACAAUGUUCCAGGACAUCAAACGUCAGCUCAAGGUGGUGGAGCGCCUGCUUUCUCUGCCCCUGGAGUACUGGAAUCAGUUCAUGAUGGUGGAACAAGAGAACAUUGACAUCCAGCGUGGCAAUGGAAACUCAACACCACGGACACCAGACAUUAAAGUGAGCUUACUGGGGCCUGUGACCACUCCUGAAUUUCAACUUGUCAAGACUCCUUUAUCAAGUUCACUGUCACAGAGAUUGUACAACCUCUCCAAGAGCACUCCCAGAUUUGGGAACAAAAGCAAGUCUGCCACCAACUUAGGUCAACAAGGCAAAUUUUUCCCUGCUCCGUACCUCAAGUAAAGCCAUUUCUGCCUGGUGUCCCAGCAUUUACUGACCACAGGACACAUGUGUUUAUUCCGCAGCCUCCUUUUUAUUAGUAUUUUAGCCUUUUUUAGGCUUUAAAUAAAGUUUAAUGUGCAUGAGUUUCUUAUUAUAUAGCUCCUGUUCCUCUGGUGACUCAGCAGCACCUGUACUAGUUGUUGGGAGCUUUCAAAUAGGAGAUCUUUACCGGGCUGGAAGGGUAAUGGGUAUUGCUUUUGACUCUGGCGGGGGUGGGGAGUAACCCUUUGGCUUAAAGCCAAAAUACUGCUCAUAAAAUGACUUUCCUUUAGUGUCACUUAGACAAUGACAGAAAUCCUACCUCGUGGGUAAAACUGAGUUGUCUCAGGACAAGAAGUUGCAGAACAGGACAAAGAGCUGGACUGAAGCUGCAGGAAGGCCCCCCUCAGAGCCCAGUCCCUGUGCUCCUUUAGCAACUGAGCAGUGGCAUGGAGCCCUCAAUGGGGUUGAUAGGCACCGACUUGAGUAUGCUCACUCCAUUUGGGUUCUUAGGUCUGUGUCGUAGACAGUGCGCAGUGUAAUCUGCAGUCCUGCAUCUCGUAGUCUCUAGUCAGCUUCUCACUGGACUUUUGGAGUUGCUUGGAGUCAGAGCUAGAUUGAUCUAAAGCUAAAUGCAUUUUGGUGACUGACCCUCUUGUUUUAUUUUAAAAGUCGGUGUGUAGUAAGCUAACAAUUCAGAAGACUGUCAACAUUUUCAUAUGACAAAGAAGCUAGUUGCUUCUGUCUUUGCACUUUGGGAGGUGCGCUUCUCCCGGGAAGCAGACACAUGUAUGUGAAUGUUGGCUUUUUGAUUAGCAUUUUUCCAGUGUCUAAAUGGCUUCCUUCUCUGGGAUGUUUUCUGACUCAAUACUAACUCUUAUCUGUAAGACAUAUAUUUGGAAUAUGAUGU